AAAGGACCCUCCAGAGAGCAAUGUCAUAGUCGAGUGAGAUACGAGGGCACCAUCGAGUUGCAGUGGCUUGCUUUGGCACCAAAUUUCAGGAAAAAAAACGACUGUAACCAAGUAGUUGAUCAGACACGCAAAAUUGAUCUUAUAAAUAUAUAGAAGAUGACAGAGCCGCCUGUUGAACCAGCUGCUGGGGUCGAACAACCUACAACUGCUACGCCCGAUGCAAUAGACCCUGCCACCGCAGAAGGCUUCUUCUCGCUGUCUACAAUCUUUUUCCUGCUGCUAAGGUUAGUUUUUACAGUCGCGGUUGGGAACAAUACGGUCGCCAGUGUAGUUAAGGCUAAAAUGCUUUUCAGGUUGUUUCGCUCUGACCAUGUGGCUGGAAACGAACCUUCACAAGAAUUUUGUGUGACGAAUCAAAAGCCCACAGCCACAGGGCGGUCGAUUGGUUCCGGAACCAUUUCAGUCAGCACUGUCCUUUUUGAAAAGCCACUCCUUUUCUUCUAAUACACGGGUGAUCGGCGUGUUUACGGUUCCGACAGGCGUCGCAGCACUGGGCGUGUCGACGGCAUUUUCAUUUCUCACGCCAUUAGGAGGCUUCAUCGGUUCUUUUGCGUGGUGCUUGCAACAGGCUGCCUGGGAACUGUUUGUUGGUGUUCUUUUAGGAACAGCCAUACCUUGGGUUUUAGCGGCUGUACAAGCUCUACGCAGAGUCCGCAAUAGAGACGAGGGGACGCGUGGGCCUCCCGUUCGCCGGAAGAUACUCUGAAUUUGAGUCCGUCUCCCAAAAUAAUUCGAUAAUUUGACUGUAAACACCGUCUAUUCCUUUCAUCAUCAUUAUCAUCAUCAUCAUCAAUCAAUGAUUAGACUGUAAUUCCUCGUAAAGGUUGAUCGUGGACUUGAAUAGAUACUUGGGUCCCGCUCUCGCUAUGCCGUUCGGAUAUGACGAGGUAGCAUUCAAUCAGCGAUUGUAGAGUCGUCUUGGUCACAAUGACGGAAAGGCAAAAUAUAACAUGUUCAUUUAAUUUAUUCAAUUCUUGUGUCCUGGUUUGAUGAAUACUUCUGCCAUUUUAUACCAGCAAAUAACUCUUGUGUUGUCAAUUGUCUCUGCUCGGUGCUAGUUUUACUUGUACUAACUGACGAUUCGAGAUUUUCUCUGUUAGUGUGUUUGGCGUGUCUGUCUGAU